GAGCCGCCCGCUACCUCGCCGGUGAUUGGUGGCUUUUCCUCAACCAACAGGAGCGGGGGCUCCGUUGUGUCCUGUCUCGCGGGAAGCGCGCGCCGCCGCCGCAGCGUUCCCCGCCCCCGAAGCCUCGCGCCUUCAACCGCCCUUCUCUUCUCUCCCCUCCCCCUCGCAUAAUAUCAGCGCUCGCGGCGUAGAGAAGGAGAGCGAGCGAGCGAGCAAGCAAGCGCGAGCUGGGGAUGCUGGGCCCCCGCGAGGUGGUGACGCUUCAGUUAGGCCACUACGCGGGGAGCGUGGGCGCCCAUUGGUGGGGGCUUCAGGAAGCGUCGUUUUGCUUCGAUCCUGCAGACAAGCAAUCGGAUGAAGGGAUACGUCAUGAUGUGCUCUCCCGAACAGGGAAAACCCUCCAGGGGCAGGAGACGUACACGCCCCGCCUCAUUGCCGUGGACCUCAAAGGGAGCCUGAGCUCUUUGAAACAGGAGGGAUGCUUGUACCAGGAUCGGAAAGCAAACACACCUGUGGCAUGGAAGGGGAAUCUGAUGACACACCAAGAAGAGUCCUCCCCUAAGAACCCCUUCCUGCAAGGCCUCGACAGAUCUGCGAGCCACAAACCCUCCAAUAGUGGUUUUGUUCUCAGGACUCCCCAUGGUAGUAAAGACAGGACUUCACCCCUCGAGAGACAGGGUGAGGCUUCAAAGGCACCUAACGUGGAGCGUACAAUGCACGUUUGGUCAGACUUCCUUCGGACGCACCUGCAUCCUCGUAGCAUCUUAACGAUCCAUCAGUACGAUCACGACGGGGAAUCCAACCGUCUGGAAGCCUUUGGACAGGGAGAAAAGCUCCUGCAAGACGCCACGUACCUCGAGGAGCUGGAAGACAGGCUCCACUUCUACGUGGAAGAAUGUGACUAUCUGCAGGGGUUCCAGGUCCUCUGCGACUUGCACAACGGGUUUUCGGGGGUGGGGGCAAAGGUCACGGAGCUGCUGCAAGACGAAUACCCAGGGAAGGGAAUCCUGACGUGGGGGCUGACUCCAGUGCUUAGCACACUUAAUCCACACCUGAGCCUCUACAGGCUCAUGAACACCAUCCUGGGGUUGGUCCACCUUUCCGAUCACAGCUCACUCUUCUGCCCCUUGUCACUGAAUGGGAGCCUGGGGCUCAGACCGGAGCCCCCCAUCGCACUUCCGUAUGUGCAGUACAAUGCCUCUCUGGACUACCACACCAGCGCUAUCCUCGCAACGGCCCUGGACACGUGCACGGUCCCUUACCGACUCCAGUCCUCGGCUCUCUCCAUGGUCCACCUCGCAGAAGCCCUGAAUUUCUCAGGGAGGAAGGUCGCAUCUGCAGUAGCUGCGGUGCCUUUUCCCGCAGACCCGUCCCAGUCCCUGCCCGAUGCUUUGUGUGCCCACCAGUCGGCCAUGCCCUGGAGCCCGCUCUCUUCCUGUGGGGAGCAAGGGGACAGCCGCUGUUUCGCUCAGUCUGUUGUGCUGCGGGGGAUUGCCAAAGAACGCCUGGUCAGUAAACCCCCUCCAGGUUGUGAGCCCAAGUCCAUCCUCCACAUGUGCGAGACGGGAGAGGAGGUGCUGGCCCGCUACUUGUACACCACGUGCCCCAGCACCCUCAGCAGCACCGUGCACCUACUGCCAGGGCCUUGCCAGCUGCGGCCCCCGUAUCCCCAGUACUUCUCCCCUCGGCUGGACAAGCAGGGAUUCCUCUUGGACGCCCCCUCAAGGGCCCCAGCAACUGUCGAAAGCGUUCCCGUGGCGACUGCCCUGCAGGCAUCGGCUCUCCUGCACGGAUCCCUCGGCGCUUUCCACAAAGAGCUACGCGGGUUGGACGUCCGGCGCUGGGCAAGCUUUUUUUCGGCAGGAGUGGAGCUCGAGGACUUCCAGGAGGCCUUGGAGGACCUGAGGACAUUGUCCCACUGCUACAGAGAGAGCGGGACGAACGACGAAUCGGAGGAUGAAACGGACUGAUUUUCCUUGCGCGAGGAGGCCUCUGGUGGCAUUGUAAAUAAAUUAAUUAAUUAAAGCUCGCGGGAGGAGCCCCUCUUGGGUAUCUUGGACUCGUUCCAGAACCAUGCUGAUUGGCGCUGUAAACACAGGAAAGGUGGCCCAUCUACCCCAAAUGAAUGGCUUUUAUUCAUUAAUAUUAAAUUGCACAAUAAAUAUUCAUACAGAAGAGGCACAGGAGAGACUGUACACAG